AUGCAUAAUUCCAUUAAAUUAUUUGAGAAAUAUAUUAAUUUUUCCAAACAACCACUUAAUUAUGAAACUUGGUUAAAUCGUUUAUCGUUGUUACAUAAGCAAAGAAGACCUCUCCCGCAAUCUUUAAGGGAUUGUAUUACUUCAGCAAGAUCUCUUGAACGUCAAUACAAGGAUUCACAUAAACUAUAUCGUCAUGACACUCGAUAUCAUGACCUAUUAUCGUUAUCUGGUCCCAAUUCCCUCUCUGAUGUAGAAUAUAAACUUGUGGAGACUUUGGAUAAAUAUCCAUUGAAUGAUGAAAUCUUGACAAAUUAUUUAUUGUGUGAUCCUAUACCACAAAAUCUGUCUAAAAUCAUCCAAUGGACGAAGCAAGUAUUACAAAAUUCUUCUCGCGAGAGUGCAGAUGAUGUCUCCAACCAAACCUCUAUAGUCUGGAUCUCUCUAAGAACUCUCCUUCAUUCAAAAGAUUAUCAUAAUGCAUUCAAUCUUAUUGAUGAAACCAUUGGUUCUGAUCAAUAUAUUGACUCUCAUAUGGAGAAAUUAUUUAUAAGAAUUGGUAAAAAUGGAUUUGCCUUACUUUUAUGUAGUGCCCUUAUGUCCAUCAUAUCUCAUCUGAUGAUGAUUGGUGGAUUAUGGCUAGGAAUAGGCUUUGGACUAAGUUAUGGAUUCCACCGUUUGCACUACCCAUUCACCUUGAACAGAGUCUCUUGGAGACCUCAUUGUGGUCUUUUGUAUCGCUUGAAAAGAGAACAAGAACUCUUCCUUGUAGAUAAAAUCAUCACUCAUUAUGAAGAACAUUCAGAGGUAAAUAUAAGAAAUUUCCAUCAUAGUGAAGUUAGAGAGAUCCCAAACCUUCAAAUGUUUGAACAGAACAACGGGCAUAUUCUUGAGGCUCCACCAGACAAUGAUCAAAGCAGUCUAGAACUCAUGUUCCGCGAACAAAUCAGUAAAAGAAGAUUGGUUUUGAAUGACUUACAAGAAGAAUUGAUGUUUUUGGAUUAUUGGUUGGCCCAGGGGGAAGACUAUGAUUGGGUAGAACCAGAUCAAGAUCCAGCAGAGAUUAUAAAAUUGAAGACUCAGCAAGAGUAA